AUGUCGUUCAACACUGCCGCCAACAAGCUCCGCCACGCCAUUGAGCAAGCCAAGGACAUCAUCGUCGCUCCCGGCGUACACGAUGGCUUCUCCGCUCGCAUUGCCCAAUCCGUGGGCUUCGACUGCCUAUACAUGACGGGUGCCGGCACCACCGCAUCGCGCCUAGGCCACGCCGACCUGGGAAUCGCCACGCAAAACGACAUGGUCGCACACAGCUCGAUGAUCGCGCAGCUGGACACGUCGGUGCCGCUCAUCGCCGACGCCGACACGGGCUACGGCGGGCCCAUCAUGGUCGCCCGCACCGUCGAGCUGUACGCGCGCGGCGGCGUGGCCGGCAUGCACAUCGAAGACCAGGUGCAGACGAAGCGCUGCGGCCACCUGGCCGGCAAGGAGGUCGUCGACGUCGACGUCUACGCCUCGCGCAUCCGCGCCGCCCACACGGCCCGCACCAAGCUCGGCAGCGACAUCGUCAUCGUCGCCCGCACCGACGCCCUGCAGGGCCAGGGCUACGACGGCGCCCUGGACCGCCUCAAGGCCGCUCGCGACGCCGGCGCCGACGUCGGCUUCCUCGAGGGCGUCACCGACAAGGACAUGGCCCGCCGCGUCGUCAAGGACCUCGCCCCCUGGCCCAUGGUGCUCAACAUGGUCGAGCACGGCGCUACGCCUACCAUUUCCGUCGACGAAGCCCGCGACAUGGGCUACCGCAUCGUCAUCUUCCCCUUCGCCAGCAUCGCUCCGGCCUAUGUCGCUAUGAAGGAGGGCUUUGAGAAUCUGAAGAAGACGGGUGUUCUUGGCGCGCCCGAGUACUUUUCGCCCAAGUUCUGCUUUCAGGUGUGCGGCCUGGACGAGAGCAUGGCUUUGGAUGAGGCCGCCGGUGGUAAGGCGUUUGGCGCCAAGGGUGCUUGA